AUGUCAACAGAGACACUAACUACAUCGGCUCUUUAUCAGAACAGUAGCUGUUCUGGCCCGGCUGUAGUGCCCUCCGUGGUAUUGCCCCAGUCAUCAAGCCUCUGUCGGUCAGAUACCACUGCCUCUUCUACUGCUACUGCUUCACUAAACGCGCUUACUGGUAUAUCUUGCACUCCGGGAUCCAACCAUGUGGUUUCUUCUAGGGCUGCUGGUCUUACGGGAUUGUCUAGUCUCGGUGAAAUUGUCAACUCUCCAUCAUCUGCUGCAUACACAGCCUCAUACGACCCAGCGUCGGUGGUCUCAGGUCCCCCGUCUAACCACCAUCUGAUCACUCCCGGACAGCUGGCCUAUGCUGCACGUCUUCUUCAGGCCCAACAUCUGCAGCAGCAGCAACAACAUCAACAUGCACUAGUCCUGGCUGCCCUACAGCAGAUUCAGGUUGCCCAAUUUCUGGCUGGCUUGAACCCUGGCUCUGCUCCUGGCGCCCCCUGUUCCCAGCCAACUGGAGCCUCGGUUCAGGACUUAACGACAGCCGCAGUCGCGGCGCAGUCCUUGGCCUUACAGGAACAGCAGCACCAUCAACAUCAACAGUUGCAGCUUUAUGCCCUACUUCAGCAACAAGCAGCUCAGGUUCAACAGCAGCAUCAGCAGCAACAGGCGAUAGCCACUGCGAUGGCAUUUAUUGCACAACAGCAACACCAGCAACAACAAAACUUGCAG